CGAAGGCAGCAGCGCUCCUCGUCGAAACCGAACUCGAACAAACAAAAUCCAAGCCGCGGCGAAGCGGCGAAGCGAAUCGCGCGAUGGCGACGGUGGCGAUGGACGUCUCGCAGCCCUCGGCGCUGCCGGCGGCCGGCUCCAAGGCGGCGGCGGCGGCGAAGGGGAGUGGCGUGGGAGAGGGGCUGGGGCGGUACUACAAGCAGCACAUCCACGACGUGGACCUCGCGCUCCUGCUGAAGAUCAACGACCUCCGCCGCCAGGAGGCCCAGCGCAACGUCCUCAACUCCCGAGUUAAAUUUUGCCGGGAAGAGUUGAAUCUGCUUCAAGAGCCGGCUUCACAUGUUGGUGAGGUUGUGAAGGUGAUGAGCAAGUCAAAGGUUCUAGUGAAGGUGCAUCCAGAAGGCAAAUAUAUCGUAGAUGUUGAUAAAAAUAUAGAUAUUGCAAAGCUCACGCCUUCCACAAGAGUUGCUCUUCGAAGUGGCAGCUAUAUGCUUCAUGUUAUCCUGCCCAGUAAAGUCGAUCCAUUGGUUAAUCUUAUGAAGGUCGAGAAGGUUCCUGAUUCCACAUAUGAUAUGAUUGGUGGUCUUGAUCAGCAAAUUAAAGAGAUCAAAGAGGUGAUCGAGCUUCCAAUUAAGCAUCCUGAGUUGUUCGAGAGUCUUGGGAUUGCCCAACCAAAGGGUGUCAUUCUCUAUGGUCCUCCAGGUACUGGAAAAACUUUACUUGCACGUGCGGUUGCUCAUCACACAGACUGCACCUUCAUUAGGGUGUCAGGUUCUGAGCUGGUUCAGAAGUACAUUGGAGAGGGUUCCCGGAUGGUUCGCGAACUUUUUGUGAUGGCUAGGGAACAUGCACCAUCCAUUAUAUUUAUGGACGAAAUAGACUCAAUUGGAUCUGCUAGGAUGGGGUCAGGAGGUGGCGGUGGUGACAGUGAGGUUCAGCGAACCAUGCUUGAGCUUCUGAACCAACUUGAUGGUUUUGAAUCAACAAAUAAGAUUAAGGUUCUUAUGGCAACAAACAGGAUGGACAUAUUGGAUCAAGCCCUCCUGAGGCCUGGUCGCAUUGACAGGAAGAUUGAAUUUCCAAAUCCGAGUGAAACUUCUCGCGUUGAUAUUCUGAAGAUCCACUCCAGAAGAAUGAACUUGAUGCGUGGCAUUGAUCUGAAAAAGAUCGCUGCGAAGAUGAAUGGAUCAUCAGGAGCAGAGCUGAAGGCUGUUUGCACAGAAGCGGGAAUGUUUGCCCUUCGUGAGAGAAGGGUGCACGUCACCCAGGAGGAUUUCGAGAUGGCAGUGGCGAAGGUGAUGAAGAAGGAUAUAGAGAAGAACAUGUCCCUGCGGAAACUCUGGAAGUGAGAAGCUCACCUUUCGCGCCAUGGUCAAAGCUUACAUGCCGAAACAGUUGAAGGCCUGAAGCGAAUGGCCGUGCGUUGUCGGAUUAGCUGUAGUGAGAUUCUGAAAAUGUUUGUCAAACCUGUCAAUGUCGUGUAACAGCUUUACUAGUUGAAAUUUCGUUUAUUGGUCCAUCAAAGAGGAGUGGAGAUGGAAAUCAGUUUUUCA